GUGUUGUAUUUUUUGUCUGUAAAAAAUGUGAACCGUAUUUUACAACUGCCGUACUUGAUAUCUCGUCAACUGAAUGAAUUUUACCGUAUGGAUUUUAAAGUUGAGCGAGUGUCUAAAGUGAAGGCACCUUCGAAUCUUCUCAGUUUCUCCAAUAAUACAGAACAGAGAAAUAACAAUGACAAGGGUAGUCAACCACAAGUAAAACAAACUAGUCAAAAACCAAAAGUACCUGAUAAGCCUCGUGCAGAUUCAAAGCCUGACAAAGGUGAGACAGGAUCCGACCAGAACCAGAAUAAACCAUCUGUAUAUGCUUAUGCUGGGGUCGAAUUCAGACCUUUACAGGUUACCGUGGAAGGGGCAUUUAGUACCGCGAUAAUUGAAGGUCGAAAACCUAAUUCAUCUAAGCCAGUAGAUAAUCAAAAGAGAGAGUUGUUAGCAUACGAAGAAGUUACUAUUCCCAGUGGCGAUUUUGAUAGGAUUAAUACGGAAAAUAUCUUGGUUAAAUCUCAGGACAGUAGUGGAACUAAUAGCGCAUUGUCAGCUUUCACUGCAGACAUGCAAAAUUCAUCUUCGGAAGUAUCGUCAGAUGCAUAUGCUGAAGUAGAUACAAGUGCGUUUAAAACGCGCAAGAAACCUCCUCCUAUGCCAAAGCCAUAUGCAAAGGCGAAGGACAGUGUUGAUGGCACAGAUAGAGGGAAAAGGAAACCUCCGCCGAUACCAAGACCUUAUGGUGCGCGUAAAGACGAUCAUGAUGAACCUAGUCAACCAUCAGAUGAGGCGGCCGUUCCACAGCCUGUGGAUGCAGUAUAUGCCGUUGUAAACAAACUUCCCAAAUCACCGAAUCUCAUCGAUUUGAGUGAACCAGACAAAGAAAAGGAUGAAGUACCCCCUCCUUUGCCAAGUCGUCCUAACUUCGAAGCUGAAGAAUUACGGAAAUCUCAGGAAGAUCUCCUAAAGGACGAUUACCAGCAGGAAAAAUCCCAAGGUAAAGGAUCAAGCAUUAUGAAAACAAUUAAAAAACACAUUCGGCAAAAGUCUGAUGGAGGUCCGGCAAAAAAAUACGCUGACGAAUCAAAAGAUGCCCAGGUUAAAAAGAGUGCUUCAACUGAGGCUUUGGAUGAGGAACCAAGUACUCCAAUACGAGCGUAUUUGGUGACUGAUAUAGUUGGUCAGCCAUCAACAAAAAUGUUUGGAGAACCAGAAAUGUACGAUUCUGUAACGACAGAUUCCAGGGAAGAGGAAAACGUAUCAAAAGGUUCGACAGGUUUACCUGAUGGAUGGCAGGAAGUGAAGGAUUUACAUGGAACUUAUUAUUGGCAUGUAGCAACUGGCAACAUUCAACGGGAAAAACCAAAAAUUUUAGAAACAGUCACGUCCACGGAUGGUCCAGUCCAACGUCCCGAGGUAGAAAAGCCAAGACCAGAAUUGAAAACAGUGAUCAGUUUCCCUGUUCACUCAAUGGGUUGGCUUGAACUGGAAGAGAGUCAAGUAGCCCCACACAACAUGAGUGAUACGAUUGCCGAGUGUAUCAGUAAUCUUGCAAGGGACAGGAAAGAUCUUUGGAAAACAACAGAAACCUGGGGUGGUGGUAAAGAUUUACGUUUGCUUCUGGAGGGGGACAAUUUGAAACUUGUUGAUUGCCAAACUAAAGCGAUUCUCCUGGUACAACCUAUUUCGAAAAUGCGAGUUUGGGGGGCUGGACGAGAUGAACAAAAGGACUUUGCGUAUGUGGCAAGAGAUCAAACUACUGGCAAACAUAAAUGUCACGUAUUCCGCUGCCAUGGAAACAUUUCUGGACGAGCAAUUCAUAAUAAGCUGCAUGAGAUGUGCAGCAAAAUAUUGGCGGAGAAAAGAAGAGCUCGUGAGAAUCAGCAAAACGGUUCAACCAAACAGUGGUCUGAUAUAUUGAAUACUCCACCAAAACCGUCUCAAAAAGAUCAAGCCGGAUUUAACGUGAAGCCAGUAACAGAAUCAAAGAAAAGUUUCUCAGGGAAAUUUAUCGGAAAGGUGGAAGUACCAAGGCCAACAGGCAUAGAUGUUGUACACAAGGCCAUUGAUGUUGCAAUAACUUCAACUAAUCCUCACACGUGGCGCACAUGUCUGAUUGAAAUUACUGUCUCGAGUGUUCGCUCUACUGACUGCUUGUCUCAAGAAGUAAUCGCCGAAAAUAGAAUAAAAUUUGUUUCAUUUAUUGGAGUAGCUAAGGACGUAAGGUUCUGUGGCUAUAUAAGCAGUGGUGAUCCAAGUUCACCAUUCUUAUGUCAUGUGUUUCAAUGUACACCAAAUGCCGCUAGUUUCACAAAAGCACUGGAAGAGGCUUGUAGGCUUCGUUUACAAUCGUGCUUAGACACGAAUCCAGAACUAGCAGAAAAGUUCAUCCCCACAGAAGCAGGGAAAAAUACAGAUAAAGACAUGAAUAGGUCUGGUGCAGGAAUAAAGGGAUUUCUUGGAAAGCUGGCUAAUCAAGCCAAGCUUGGAGUACCCAAGAGAAGUAGCCCGGAGCCAUUGCUAGAUAACGCAACAGCACAGCAACCAUCAUCUACUGAAUAUUUGAUCAAAUAUUAUGGACAUAAGCCGGUUUCUGUUGGUACAGGACAACCCGCUAUAAGAGAAGCUGUUGGGGUUGCUCAAGAAAGUAUGCUUCAAAUAUGUACAAUAAGCAUUUCUCCCGAUUUCAUCACUUUGGAUGAUUCAACAAAAAGUGGGAAAUUAUGUAAAUAUAUUCCACUUGAAAAAAUAUCUUACUGUGGAAUCGCUAGUGAUUGGGUCCAUUUUGGUUUAGUUGAAAGUCAAGGAGGAGGAAAGUUUAUAUGCCACGUAUUUGCUGAAUACAAGAUUCCAGUGAACAAAGUUGUGGAAACGAUUAACAAGGUUUUAUAGAUUGGCUGCAUUUUCUUAUCAGCACGAAGAAGACAUGUGUUCAUUGAGUCUUGCAUGGGAGUUUGUACGUCACGGACCUUCCUUCCAAGACGACAAAAUAUAUUGAUAAACAGGAUAUAUGUGUCUCUGUUGUGUAAUCUAUUGUACAUUGAUUAAAAACAUUUGAACGUAUUAGCAAAUUUCAUUAGGCAUUCCAAGGCGUUUCUGGAUAAGAAACUAAAAUACAAGUAGUUUUAUUAUCUUCAUUUACUAUAAACUAUAAUUAUAUCAUAGGAACUAGGUAGUUAGUAAUUUCUGCUAUCUUGAUUGAUUUUUGAAAAUAAACAUGUGCAGAAAUCAUAUUUUUAUCGUUCAGUGUUAUAUCCGAAAAAGGCACUUUCACAGCGUCAGUAAUACGAUUGAUAUGAUAAAACGUUUACAUGAUAUACAAAAGGAAAGGUAAAUCAACUCAAUUUGCUCUCAGCUUCUUCAGAAAAGUAAACUUUAUUGAAGAAUCAACCAAGAUGCAUGGCGAUUAAGUACGUCGAACGAAAAUUAGUUAGCAAAUAAACAAUCAACGAAAAUGUUAAAAU